AGAUUAAUAGUCGAGGUUGAGAGCUCUUGGAGUGAAGAGCGCGUUUGCAGAGUCGAGACGUUUUCGUCGAGUCGAACAGCCCGAUUUUUUGAGAGGUUCGAGUGGGGAAAGUAUUUGAAGGAGAAAACAAGGCGGAGAGCGAAGAAACUAUGAACAUCGCGGUCAUCGGCGCCGGAGUUAUCGGCGUCUCUUCGGCCGUCGCCGUACAAAAAGCUUUUCCCAAAUCUCGUGUUUCGAUUUUCGCUGACGUUUUCACACCCGACACGACUGGCGACGGCAGCGCUGGACUCUGGGGCCCUUUCAUCAUUGGCGAUACUCCUGUUACCGAAUUCACCCGGUACGGCGGAGCCACUCAUCGCUGGUUGGAACAUUUUUGGAAACGUGGUCUCGCCCAGGAAAUUGGCCUUUCCCUGAUACCCGUGAUCCGAGUCAGGCGAGGGGAAGGCUUCGCAAUGCCAGAGUGGAAAUCAGAAGUUUACGGAGCUGCCGAAUUGAGCCAGGAAGAACUAAAAAAAUUGAGCGACGAACACAAAACAAAUUACAGAGGCGGAAUGCGCUUCGUGACUUACACCGUCGAGCCAGCACGACUUUUACCCUGGCUCAUGAAAAAAUUCGCCGCAGCUGGUGGAAUAAUACAAAAAAUGAAGAUCAAUAGUUUUGACGAGUUGGCGAAGAAGGGAUACGACACGGUGAUAAAUUGCAGCGGCAUCGGUGCACGAGAACUCGCGAGUGAUACCUCGCUCCUUCCUGUCAGAGGCGAUGAUUCAUCGGAGCGAAUCGACGUUUUUCAGGUCGAGGCACCGUGGGCUUUGGGUGUUUUCAUUGAGGAAGACAGUCCUGGAAAUUAUAUUAUUCCCAAUAUCGAAACCGUUAUAAUCGGAGGAACAGCGACUCCGAAUGAUUACGAUACGAAUAUUCGAGCGACCGAAACGAACUUCAUUCUGAAGGGGUGUUCGAGAAUCAGUCCAGCUCUUGAAGACUCCAAAGUCGUGAAACACUGGUGCGGACUCCGACCGAAGAGGACGAAAAUUCGCGUGGAAAAAGAAACUCGCUCAACCGAGGAUGGAAAAAUCUUUGAGGUGAUACACAAUUAUGGACACGGCGGAGCAGGGGUCACUGUGUUUUGGGGUUGCGCACUCCGCGUCGUAGAAAUAUUGAGAGAAAGCACUCUCGACCCAAAGUCUCAAUCUUCGAAGCUCUGAAACAACGAUUUUUCAUUAGAAUUUCUCAUCGAAAGCAACGAUUUUCUAAAAUUUAUUGUAAAAACGUUUUUCUCGUCUGUCUGAGAUUCUCGAAUAAACUUGGCCGAUCAGAUCGA